AUGCUAGGCUUUUAUCAUAACUUUUAUGAUGGGUCUUCUUGUUUAAUGCACAAUAAUUUAUGAAAAAGUUUUAUUAUCGAGUCUUCUAUAGCAUUCAAAGAAGCUUCAUUAGGCAAAAGCAAAGAAAUUGCUAAAUUGAUGCUUUAUAAGAAAUUUUAUUGUUUAUCGAUGAAGAUCAUUCUUAGAUUUAUAUUAUAUGUUGACAUAAUUUCGGGAGGUCCCCUAUGUGGGGACAUUUUUCACAUGUUGAAUCAAAUCCUGCAUGUGGAGCCACUCAUCUGCGGGGAAUGUCCCGAAGAGUGGAGACCCUCCCUAAAUUACGCUUAGACAUAAUACAGAAUUUAAACUUCAUAUUUUACUGAUUUAAUGAUAUCAGCAAAAUUUCUUGAAAAUAUCUGAAAAAGUUUAAAAUUUGCAAAUUGCAUAUUACAAAGCUGUACACGCAAGAUAUUUAA